CCUGCCGUCGGGGAAACAUUAACUUGCAGUGCUGCUGCCUUAGGCACAGCAGGUUGGAAACCACCUUGCAGAAAACAGUUUAAGUAGGCACAGGCGAUAAUGGAAAUUCCUGUGUUUACGGUUGAUGCAUUUACAAACCGGCCAUUUUCUGGAAAUCCAGCGGCAGUUUGUCUGCUUGAAAAUGACUUGGAUGAAGCUUUGCACCAAAAAAUUGCGACAGAAAUGAACCUUUCAGAAACUGCUUUCAUCAGAAAACUGCAUCCUGGAGAUGAUUUUACUAAAAGUUCCUGCUUUGGACUCAGGUGGUUCACCCCAGCCAGUGAAGUUCCUCUCUGUGGUCAUGCUACACUUGCAUCAGCUGCUGUGUUGUUUCACAUAAAAAAAAAUGCAAAUCCAGUUCUCACAUUUGUCACACUGAGUGGGGAAUUAAAAGCCAGACAAGUGGAAGAGCAUAUUGUUCUGGACUUGCCACUUUAUGUCACCUACCCACAGGUACUUCAGGAAGUAGAAGAGUUAAUAAAGGCAGCCGUUGGUGACAUGAUUGUUCAGGAUCUCCGUUAUUCUCCUGACACAAAGAAACUCUUAGUCCGCCUCAGUGAUGCUUAUGAAAGGUCUGUAUUGGAAGAACUGCAAGUGAGUGCACAACGCUUUUUGUCAGCUGAGAAGACAGGAAAGGUGAAAGGACUCAUACUCACUCUUAAGGGAAAAUCCAGUGGAAAACAGAAAGGCCAUGAUUUUUACUCCAGAUAUUUUUCACCAUGGUAUGGAGUUCUGGAAGACCCUGUUACAGGAUCUGCCCAUGCUGUUUUAAGCAGCUACUGGUCAGAGCAGCUGGGGAAGAAAGAAAUGCUUGCCUUUCAAUGUUCCCGCCGUGGAGGAGAGUUGAAGAUUUCAGUGCGCAGUGAUGGAAGAGUUGACAUUGCUGGGCAAAUUGCUAUUGUACUGAAAGGGAACCUGACCUUCUGA